AAGUGUUAAAAGAGGAGCACUCCCUGAGUCUCACUCCCACUCACUCCUCUUAAACUCUUCAAACAGCCGAAGUAAUCAUCACCCGGAAGCUUCUGCAGAUUCUUCCACCGUCUUCCACCACUGCUCCUGAGAAGAAGAAUCGAAACUCCGCGGAAACUUCUCGAAACCCUAGCGAGGUGGUUUUCUUCGAAGGGCGAAACUCUCUCUGAAUCCGCUAAUGGCGUUUUGGUGGCCCUUGCUCGUCCUAGCGCUCGCUUUCGCCAUCGGCAAGUUCCUUCUCAUUCUCAUUCCUCCCAAGGUUCCUUCCAUCGACGUCGACGCUUCCGACGUGUUGGACGAUGGGAGCCUGGCGCAGGAGAACAGCUACAUAUACGUGCCUCCGAGGGGAACGGCGCAGCAAUCGAGAAGGGAAGUUAAGUGCUAUGAACCUGCUACUAUGAAAUAUUUGGGAUAUGUUCCUGCAUUGACGCCGGAUGAGGUCAGGGAGCGUGUGGAAAAAGUUCGGAAGGCACAAAAAUUGUGGGCAAAGACAAGCUUCAAGCAAAGGCGUCAGUUUUUGCGUAUACUUUUAAAAUAUAUAAUUAAACAUCAAGCACUUAUAUGCGAAAUAUCUUCACGUGAUACUGGAAAGACAAUGGUAGAUGCCUCUUUAGGUGAAAUAAUGACAACAUGUGAGAAGAUAAAUUGGCUACUAUCAGAGGGUGAGAAGUGGCUAAAGCCUGAGUAUAGAUCCUCUGGAAGAGCAAUGCUUCAUAAAAGAGCCAGAGUAGAAUUUCACCCUCUGGGUGUUAUCGGUGCCAUUGUGUCAUGGAACUAUCCUUUCCACAAUAUUUUUAAUCCUAUGUUGGCAGUAGUUUUUUCUGGAAAUGGCAUUGUGAUUAAGAUUUCAGAAAAUGCAAGUUGGUCUGGGUGCUUUUACUUCCGUAUCAUCCAAUCAGCUCUUGCUGCCAUAGGAGCUCCAGAAGACCUUGUCGAGGUUAUAACAGGGUUUGCUGAAACAGGAGAAGCACUGGUAACUUCUGCUGACAAAGUCAUUUUUGUAGGAUCCCCUGGGGUGGGUAAGAUGAUAAUGAGAAAUGCUGCUGAGACGCUCAUACCAGUUACACUCGAGCUCGGUGGAAAAGAUGCAUUUGUUGUUUGUGAUGAUGUAGAUGUGGACCAUGUUGCUCAAAUUGCUGUGAGGGCUGUUCUUCAGUCAAGUGGGCAAAACUGUGCUGGGGCAGAGCGGUUUUAUGUGCACAGGAACAUUUAUGCAUCCUUUGUCAGUAAAAUUACCAAAAUUAUAAAAUCCGUUACAGCUGGCCCACCACUUGCUGGAAAGUAUGAUAUGGGAGCUUUAUGUAUGCAUGAGCAUUCUGAAAAACUUGAAGGCCUUAUAAAUGAUGCUUUAGACAAAGGAGCUGAAAUUAUUGCUCGUGGAAGUUUUGGACAUAUAGGUGAAGGUGCAGUUGAUCAAUAUUUCCCUCCUACAGUGAUUGUGAAUGUGAAUCACUCAAUGAGAUUGAUGCAAGAAGAGGCAUUUGGACCAAUCAUGCCAAUAAUGAAAUUUAGCUCUGAUGAAGAAGCUGUCAGGCUUGCAAAUGAUUCAAAAUAUGGACUUGGCUGUGCUGUUUUCUCAGGCAAUCAGAGCCGGGCUAGAGAGAUAGCUUCCCAGAUACAUUGUGGGGUUGCUGCAGUUAAUGAUUUUGCAGCAACAUACAUGUGUCAGUCCCUGCCAUUUGGGGGUGUGAAACACAGUGGAUUUGGAAGAUUCGGUGGUGUUGAAGGUUUGCGAGCAUGCUGCCUUGUAAAAUCUGUUGUUGAAGACAGAUGGUGGCCGUUCAUCAAAACCAAGAUACCGAAGCCUAUUCAGUAUCCUGUAGCAGAAAAUGGAUUUGAGUUUCAGGAGUCUCUUGUUGAAGCACUAUACGGGCUCAGCGUAUGGGACCGUUUGCAAGCAUUGGUUAACGUGUUGAAAAUGCUUACGGAGCAGAACUCUACAAGUGACAGCAGAAAGAAAAAAACAUGACUUGUCGUGUCAGGACGGGUAACAUUCCAAAUGGUUCAUAUUCAUAUCAUCAUGUUCAAAUAAUUGAGGACUUUCGGUUUUGUCGUUUAUUUCCAACUGUAAUUUUCUGUAGCCAUUAUUAAUUCCUGCUAUUUUUCUUGUGCUUAUUCGAUGACAUAAUCCUGGGCUACUUGUCUGAUGAAAAUUCAUCUGUGUUGCGAGUUUUCAAAAAUCUGGGUACGGUUACGGUAAUGUAAUUUAAAAGAAUUAUAUUUUUAAUAAUAUAAGCCUAAAGUAAAUUGUAUAA